AUGGCCCCUAUCAGCAGCGUCCCAGAACAAGUCAAGCCAUGGCCACUGGCCAAAGCGGCAGCCCAGGGUAUCAUUGACCCUCAUCAACAGUACUGGUACCUGACAGUCGGGCAUGCUUUAGCUGAGUUCCUGGCCAAGGCUGGUUACACCUAUGAAGACCAAGUCAACAUGCUUCAUCACUUCGCCAAAAUGGUUAUACCAUACCUAGGAGUCUCACCUAUCUCCGGGCUACCGCGCUGGAAUAGUUUUAUGACGGACAACCAUACCCCCAUCGAACUAAGCUGGGACUUUCAUACAGGAAUAGAACAGCCCACAAUUCGCUAUUCCAUCGAGCCUAUUGGGCUUUAUGCCGGCACACCAGCAGACCCAAAUAACGACAGAGCUUCGGCAGACUUCAAGCAAAGCUUAAUCCAGGCAUUUCCAAACACCGACACCAUCUUAUUCGACCACUUUCAGUCUGCCUUCCCAAACAGAAGAUAUGCCAAGAGUGUACCAGAAGAUCACCCGUCAACAAUGUUCUGGGCCUUUGACCUGAAAAGGGGGGACAUCAUAAACAAAGUCUACUUCUUCCCUGGCGCAGUGGCAUACACAUCCAACCAGUCUGAGUUGGCGGUUAUCUCAGAUGCCAUCAAGUCGGCCCCUGGGUGGAGAUCGGAAAAUCUCGGCUCUUUCGACACCUUUGUCGACUACGUGGAUACGCACUCAGACUUGGGGUUCGAAAUAGACAUGGUGGCGCUGGACCUGGUUCCCGGCGCAAGUUCCAGACUCAAGAUCUACUUUCGAGACAGAAGGACUGACUUCCAAGCAGUCCAAGAGACGAUGUCCUUGGGAGGACGGUUGCCUUGCCCUAGCCCAGACUUUGAGGAGGGCAUGCAAAAGUUAAGGCGAUUGUGGAAUGCCCUGCUUGGCACAGCUAAUGUCGCUGAUGGCACCCCUCUCCCGUAUAAUGGCCAUAGAACCGCUGGUAUUCUGUAUAAUGUGGAAUUUCGUCGACAUAACGAGAUACCCAAGGUCAAGGUCUAUAUCCCUUGGUUUUGA